AUGGUCGAGAGCAAAACCGGCCUUGUUCUGACAACCGCGCGGCUGAUUCGCACAAAGGAUGCUCCUGUCAGCGUCUGGUCAGGCGGUGAAGAGUAUUAUGAGUUGUUACAGUAUGACAAUGGGGGGCCAGUUAUUGACUUGGAUGGAGAAGUUGUAGGAAUGGUCAACGACCCUAAGAGAUUUGAGUCUUUUAUACCUUCUUCCAUUUUGCUCAAUUGUUUGGAUUCAUGGAGGAAAUAUCGGCAUUUCUCCCGGCCCCAUCUUGGAAUGACGUUUAAGGCCAUCGAACUUCUAGAACCUGCUCAUGUUGACAUGUUAUGGCGUAUGUUUAACAUUGAUGACGGUCUUGUUGUUCAAGAGGUGUCAAAGGGAUCUAAUGCUGAGAUACUCGGAAUCCAAAAAGGUGAUGUUAUUGAAUCUAUCAAUGGAAAACGUGUUUCUACCACAAUUGAGGUGGGUUUAUUAAUGAGCUGA